CACAGUCGUUGUCAGGUCGAACGGACAUUCGGACGCCAGCACCAGGCUGAGUGCAAGGAAGUAGCCACACAUAUCCCUGAUAUCUUGAAUUCAGGUGCUGCCCAUAAGAAGAAUCUCGACGCGCAACACUCCUCGACACACAUGUGGCGGCGUGAUUCACCCAUCAGUUGGGAGAGAUACGGUUCAGGUUACACCCACGGUUUUAUCGGCGUCAGGAGACAGUAGAAGCAGGCCGGCGUCCGACGCUCGUGAGGGUUCGUGGACAAUCUAGAUGUUUGGUGAGGCAAACAAACGUCAGCGGGUGGAGAUGAGAUCCCUCGAUCCUGCCUCCUCAUAACAAAUCAAACCUGCUAGCACUAUUUAUUCUCAGACUUCGCAGACGACGUCAAAAGCCUCGCUCAGUACCGACUGUCGACUAUGUACCCCUCGAGCGUGCGAUCGGGUAACGAAGGGCUCCAGUACCCGCCCCGACUGCCCCCUCAUCGGCCCGAACCCACUCACCGCAUGUAUGAACAUUCUGAACACCUUUCCCACCCGCGGAAUCAAGCAGCCUACUCUGCCCUCUACAACCAAGUGCAGCGGGCGCCGUACUCCCCACCUCGAUAUGUUCCGAGUCCCACGAUGACGCGUUUACCCAUGGACCAAUUCGACUAUCCCGUGCCUCGAGGCCCGCCUACGGCAGUGACCAGUCGUCUGAGUGACAUGGCGCGCAUCGACACCUCCAUGCAGUACCCGGCGCCCCUGUUGAGCAGCCAACCGGCUUCUGCCAGCUCUGUCGACCUGUCGGGGGACUCCGACCCUUGGUCUCCGUUGCGUGAAUCCGCAUCACGACAACGUAAAUCACGUCGCGAAAAGCCGCAUAUCGAAUUGGCGCCAGAUCAGCCUCCGACGACUCAGGGCAAGUCGAGGCUGCGGGUGUAUGUCGCGUGUCUCCAAUGUCGGCAACGCAAGAUCCGAUGCGACGGGGCGAAACCGAACUGCUUCAACUGCAGCAAGCGGGCGACGGAGUCCAACGAGUGCACGUACGACGCAUUGCCCAAGCGGCGAGGGCCCGACAAGACACCCGGAGCUCGGCAACGCAUUGUCCGCCAGGACGGUGUCACGGAGGCCCCCAGACGUCGGCGACGUAGCGCGGGGACGCAUACACGCUCGCCGGCGGACAUCGGUGUCCGUUCGCACACUGCCGUCAGUCGUCGUCCUGUCUCGUUUUCGCCUCCCCCGUCAAGUGAACAUACGCAUUCCUCGGACGACUAUCUUGCUGGGCACGAAGCGUCCGUGGAUCAUCCGUACGGCCGAGCUGGGGCUUCGAACCGACCGUCUUCAUCGGACGGCGCGAAUCUGGAUCAGCUAAUUUCGGGUGGCGAGAUUUCCAUUCUGUAUGACAGCUCGGCGCGAGACGAUGACGAGCGCGCUACUCCAUCGGCCAUCGCCACCACGCCGUCCCUGGACUUUACGCGGAAGACGUGGUGGGACAGUCUCCUGACGUUGUAUAUGUCGCCCCACCGCGGGCGGGCGGAUUACCUCACGUCGACCCAGCGCGACCUGGCGUCGCAACGGGUGGUUUCUGAUCUGCGUUUCCUUUUCCGGACUUGCAACUACUGGUUUUCGUUCCUUCACAUACCGACAUUCUUUACCAAUCUGUACGACACGCGUAAACGCGAUAACAAGCUGCAGCCUAGCUUUGUCCUGGCUGCUCUCGCGAUGUCAACGUUCUGGCAGAGCUCAGAACUCGAAGCAGGGCGGCUUGGCCGAGAUCGUGCACUGAGGUUCAGGGAUGAGGCUCAGAGCACUCUGGAGGCCAGCUUCAAUGCUGGAUGGGUCGACGAGGGGCUGGCUCAGGCAGCUUGGCUUCUCGCUAUGUUUGAGAUAUGUGCACAUCCUGAUCACUCGUCCGAGCGAUCCGCGUCCUCGAUGCUGAUGCUCGAUCGCAUUAUCCACAUGAUGUCCUUGACGAUCCUAGAUCUAGGAGAUCCGCACACCUCCGUUUUUUCCCCGAAUUCCGUCCCAUCUGUCGUCCGUGCCAACGAGGACCCGUACUCGCGCGCGCUUUCCCGGCCCGUCUCCACAGGCUGUAACUGCCGGUCGAUGACUCUCAAAGAGCAGUGGCCGCAGGCUGCCGAGCACACCCCGCUGUGGAUCGACACUCCGGCUUGGAACACAUCGUUCUCCGAGGCUGAAAUCACGCGGGAAUCCUGCCGACGACUUUGCUGGAGUGCGAUGACGCUCGCGGCCGGCCACAGCGCCUACUCGAGUGCCACAUCCAGCCAUAUUACCAAUCUCUUCAUCUCGGAUCCGGCCAAUUAUGCACUGCUGUUCUCUGGCGCAGCAGUCACACAUUCGCCAGACACCAUUUGGGCUCUGUUCGAUCGCUGUUUCCUCCUCUGGCAUGCCUGCAUCAAAAUGCGCAAUGACCCCUCCGCUUCGAUGACGGACAAGGGCCAGUUUGCGAUCAAUGCAUGGUUGGAAGCAGACUCGAUCGAAGAUGCGCUCAAUCGGCAUACAUGUCUCAUUGAGCGUUCGUUCAUCUUCCAGGGCCGGGAAUACAUCUUCAACACACGCAUGUGCAUCACGUUUGAAUUCCAGCGAUUUGUCCCGCUCGUCUCGGCAAAUGUGAACGGUCUUUUCCACCGGCACAAGGCCGAGGAGUGGCUGCGGCACCAAGCCACGGUGGCCCGGAAAUUCAAGGAUCUGCACACUGUGACCGGCAACUCGAGCAACAUCCUCACGCUCAGGCCAUUCUAUGUAUUCUGGUUCAUGGCCCAGGUGUCCAGAGCGCUCACCUUUUGGCAAUGCGACCCCGAGUUCGUCCUCGCGUUGGAUGUGUCUAAAAGUCUGCUGUCGCCCAUUGAUUUCCUGACCGCGCUCUGGCCUUGCAAAGGUAACAACGUGUACGUCCUCAUGGCCCAAGAUGCGGAUUCGAGUCUCGUCGACGCUGCUCACAUCCCCUCUGCCCCAUUGCCCCACUCUUCCACUCUCGACGCGACCGUGGGCCCAUCCACCCUGAAACGAAGAGCAUCAGCCUCAUUUAAUGAUACGCUCGACGAAGUGGCUGCCCGUCGGAAGCGCAUGAAGGAAGAGCACACGCCUCAUGAUGUGGAACAGAUAUCCGUACCUGCAUCUUCGGCAAAGCAUCUAGACUGUGUGCUCGCGGACGAGCUCGCCCAGGAGCUGCAGUGUGGGUGUUGCUCCGAGCUGGUCUAUCGACCGGUGACAGUCCUACCCUGCCAGCACUAUUUCUGUGGGAGCUGCUGUUCACUGUGGAUCCAGAACCAAGGCACCAAUUGUCCUACCUGCCGACAACCGUCGACAGUCGUGACGCCCAACCGGCCUGUGCAAUCCAUCGUGGACGUGCUCCUGAGGGUGGCACCCCACAAAGCGCGCACAGAACGCGAACGGCAGCAAGCAGAUGCGGUGUACCAUGGCGGAAAUCUGACUAUUCCCGGUCCGCGCGAACAGUCGCCUGAUCCCGAUGUCAGCACCAGCGAUUUCGCGCGCCCGUGCCCCAACUGCGCGCCGGGGAACCCCUUCGGCUGGCGCUGCCCGCAGCCCAUCCCCGAUCCUGUGGCGGAUCCGGCGCACGCGUGGCCGCUGGAAGACGGGCCGCCGCCGGGCCACGCGAUCUGCGGGUACUGCGAGAAUCUGCUCGCGGUGGACUCGCCGCUGACGAGCCGGUGCGAUUUCUGCUCGGUGCGAUACUGCGGGAUCGGGGUCCAGGGUCGGUGCAUUGCUGCGGAGGUUCUGAGGCAGCAGCCCCACGGACUCUCGGACGUCGGGGAUCUCAUCCAAUGUUCGGCGGUGUACGAGUCGUUCCACAGCAACACCGUGGAGGUUGAUCUGAUGCUCGAUCAUAUCACGACGCAAGUGAUUAGUCUGAGGCGGAUCUAUCGCGAAAUCGUGGCGCACAUCCAAAGCCAACCGGCGGGUUUCCAGCCGUUAAUCGACCUGGACUUAUUCGGCGAUGUUCCACGAGGCGCCGAUGCCGCUGGCAGCAGCACACGCGCCCGGAACAAAAUCUGCCGACACUGCGCAGCGGAAGUCUUCCUGUAUGGCCUGCGUGAUUGGUUUCUACGGGAACGGCAGAAAGGAUCGGUCCAGGAAGUGAAGCGAAUCGACUGUGUGGACGGAGUCGAGUGUUCGCGGCAGAGUGAUCUCGCGCACGCCAAAGAAUUCAACCACCUUAUACUUCCCCCAUCCACUAACGAUCGCUCAACCAAUGAAACUGCAGCACCGCCACCUAUUACAGCGGCCACCCGGUUACCGUAUUUCCCCGCUUUCGAGGAUUCGAGUGAGGACGACGAGGACGACGAACAGGCCUUCUUCUCCGGAACUGCUGGUGGAAUGGAAACUGACCCGUGAAACAACCUUACAUUACUUACAUACCGAUUGCAUAA